AACCUGAAAGAUUUACCUCAUCUUCGCGUGAGUAAUUUUAAGUCGUGUACUCGGCUAAUAGUAAUUUAUCUAUUUCACUCCUACUCCUACUACUUAUUAUACUGCUACUAAGGCUAAGGCUACUACCUACUUAGUAACUUAACUAUAAAUUCAUAUUCAUAUGCCUAUAUAAUUUUAAAUAAAUACAUUUUAGUUUAAAUAAACAGGGAUAAUUUUAACAGUAGAGUAGAUCAUAUUGAUGAUAGUAGUAAAAAGUAAGUUUAACUCAACAAAGUAGGCCUAUGCCUAUAGCCUAUAUCAAAUUUAUAAUAAAAUAUGUAGGCGUAAGCCUACCAGUAGUAAAUAGUAGAGUAUCAUUUACCAUUUACAUUAUUAUUAUCAUUAUGCAUACUUAACUUUUAACAAGUUCUCUUAAUUAACUUCAAAUUAUUUAUUAAUAACUUGUAUUUUAGAAUCUAGAGCGAACUAGCCUAGCUAGGUUUAGGAGGUUACCCUUAAAUCCGAUUUAUGUGUAUAGUGUAUAGUAUAAAUUAUAAAUGUAAAAACUUUGUUGUGAUAUUUAGGCACUGUACUGUAGUUAAUCAUCAGUCUCAGUAUCUAGAGAGUAGACUUACUAGUUGAGUAGGUGUAUUCUGUACACCGUACUGCAGAUUUAUACUGGCUUACUAUUCAAAUCUGUCAUGUCAGUUAACACUGUUAAUAAAGAUAAAUGGUCAGUUUGGGAAUUUGUACAAUUAAAAAAAGAAAGAAAGCUUUUCAUUGUGUAAGAAAAAACAAUUAAGAUUGUGGAACAUUUAUUAAUUAUAGGUCCAUAUAAAAUAUAAUGUAAAUUUAUAAUUUUUUUCUAUAGUCUAUACAUUUCAUUUUAGAAAAUUCUUCCUGAAGACUACGAAUACAAACUAUGUGAAUAUCUGCAACUAGAUCGGGAUGAUAAAUUUCUUGUGACACUUCGUAUGACUUUAUCCACCAAAGAAGAGGCAUUGGAAUGGAAACGCCGGUUUGAAGAGAGAUCCUUAACAACCCAUGUCAAGGACAAAACUUUUCCUAAAGUUGAAAGAGUUAGUGUUUUUAAAGUAAGUUUAAAUUAUUUUAUUAUUCUCUUUCUCAUACAUUGAUCAAAACCAAGGGCAACAUCUUUUUUGUAUGGUUGGUCAAGGUUAUGAUGGAUUUUAAAUUUUUACAUUCUUGAAAAUGUCAAAAUACUUUGUUUUUCCAUGCCUGAAAAUAACAAUAUAAUAUUUUUUUUCAAAUAUUUUCUAUCAUUUAUGGAAGUAAACAAUUUUGAUAUUGUCAAAUAACUUAUUACUUUUUCCUAGGCCCAGUACAGAUGUCAGUUUUUUGACCGCAGGAAAAACAAGAAAAAGCUUCCUGAAAAAUCAAAAUUUCGUGACUGUCACAGUAUCCUCUUCAUAAAUAUAAAAAAAUAUUUCAAGAAUACUGUGUAAGGAAUAAGCCAUCAAUUUUAUAAGAGAUCAUGCAAUUGCAUGCUUUAUUUCAGUAAAAAAUGUCAUACAAUUGUAUUGAAAUACUUAAUAGCUUUUUUUUUGGAGUUCAUCAGCCGUUACUAAAUCAAAUUGUCAUUAUUCACCAAAUUUAAAAAAAAAAAAAUUAUUUAACAUUAGUGUGACAUGGAUUUUUCAGUGAUCGUCACAUGCCAACUUUCAAAACUGUUGUGCGCCUGCACUAUGCUCAUGACCAUCCUCUUGACACUGCUGAUGUGUUGAAGAAACGCCAACUCAAUGAGGACAUCAAGCAGAGGUUCCUGGAAAUGUUCAGACAAGGGAUGAAACCCAAAGAUGCCUUAGAUAAACAUAAACGAGAUUUGCUACAGAACCUAGGACCUGAAAAGUACAGACAAGUUGUUUGUGAUGGCUAUUAUGUACCAAAUGUUCCUAAAGCUUACAGGUGAGCAUCCUACACCCACUCAAUGAUGCCCUUUCAUCUUCAGCUUAUGCAUUUUUAAAAAAUUUCUAUUUUUUAUCAAUCUUUCAACUAACUCCUAAUAUACUUUCAGUAGCAGUUGGGGAGCUACAUCAUUGGUAUGAAGCUUGUAUUUUUAGAAAUGAACUUUUCAUGUACCAGGACUAUUUAUUUUAUUAAUUUGCUAUCAUAUUUCAACAAUAUAUUUUCUUUUCAGCUAAUGAUUUUAAUUAAUUAACUACCCAUGUUUAUCUUGAACUAAUAUUGGUCUUUAAAUUAUAUUUUUUCCAGACUGUAUUAUCAGAUACAUGGGAAAGGAGUCUCAGCCAAAACAACAACAAAAAGAUCAUCAAGACACAAUCCUAAUCCAGACUGGAUAGCUUUCCAAAACUGCCCAGAUAUCACUGUUGAAGAUGAGGAAGACUGCCCUGCUGAUGAAGACAAUGAUGAUAGCGAUACUGACUAUAAUGUAGGUGGUCGUGUAGAAAACAAUGAACGUCUUCAGACAGACUGUCAGAAUAUGCAGAGUCUUCCUAUGACGCAAAGUAAUCCAGCCCAAGUCAGUGAUGGAUCUAUUAAAGACCCGAUGUUGUCACAUGACCACCCAGACACUCACACCAUGAAUCCCAAAUCUACAGUGAGAGAGAUAGUCUCCCAGCACAGUAUGCUGCAUCAUGAUGGUGAGCUGCAGAAACUAGCAGAGACAGCCAUAGCCUACCCCAACAUUGCUGCCCACAACUCAGUUUACACAGACCAACGUAGCCAAACACUUCCACAGACUAUGCCCGUGGCAACAUUUUCUGAAACCCACAUGAGUAUGGGCCUUUUCAACCCAGCCCAGUCCACAUGGGAAAACUUUAACCUGGCUCAUCAGGCCAACGUUGCUUCCAGCCUAUCUCCACAACACAAUUUGGGCUUCCAGCAUCUGCCACAGCCAAUCUCGCAUUCUAGUUAUAUGAUAAUGCCCAAUUCUUCAUGUCAGAACUUGGAAUCCCAUUACAGCACAUCACUGGCAAUGAUUGAUCCUAGAGUGCAGAAUGGCAUAUCGCGCACUGGUAAUGAGUUCGACUUGCUGGGAUCCAGCACGGCUCCUCAGUACAACUGGUCAUCACAUAACAGACAUCAAGACAACUUAGUUGCCACCCAAGCACAUUUAACUGGACACGAUGUCCAUAAGGGAAAAGUGUUACCCACAAAAUACUCCACAAACGGUAAUGACAAAGGGAGAAAAUCCAGCAUAAAGAAGGCGGUUCAGAAAAAAAGGAAAAUGACCAAAGAACUUAACGUCAAGCGUGUGACCAAACGCUGGAUGGACAAGAAACCCAAAGUCGAGGCUGAAACGCAAAACAUGGCCUCAGAGGUACUACAAGGCAUCCUGCUCACAGACGAAGCAGAGAAACUCAAAGUUAAACUCUUGACAUUUUUAUCAGAUCUGGAAUCGAAAAUGAGCUCAAACCCAAAACUUUUUGUGCCCGCCAUUAGAAGCUUCCUACAAGCUGGCGAGGAUGCUCAUGACGAUCUUGAGCUUGCCUCAUUUCUGAAAGAUUUUAGGAAAACGGAGGAAAGCAUAGUAAAGAAAAUGUUUGCCAAGAAGUCUGAGACCAGGGAGAACCGAGGCACUCAAACAACCUUGUCAGGUCCGGUUGUGAGAUGCUUUAAGGUGAAGGGAAUAAUUUCACCCACAUCAAAACUUAGAACAAAAAAAAAGUUUGAAACAAAAAUAACAGACCCUGAGGUUUCAGAGAGUCUUCUUCGGUCAGCUGUCACAGGAAAUCUCUCAAAUUUCUUACUUUCUGAAACAUCAGAACAUUCAGUUGUUUCUGUUGCAACUGAUUCAAAGUACCGUGAACUGAAGACGGCGUUAUCAAAAGUACAGAAAACUACAAAAAAGCCACUGAGAAAGAAUUCAGUACCAGCAAAGCAGCAGCGAACAUUUUCUAAAAAGAGAACACAAAUUGUUAGACAGGAGGCUGAGAUUUCCCAGACAAAUACAAUUUCCAAUAGCCAUAAUCCAAGGAUUAUAGUACGUUUAAUGCGCCAAGGCUUAGAUAAAAAAAAGUAAAAAUAUCUUCAAAAAUAUUUCAGGUGGAAGGACUUCCUUAGCAAUGAUACAUUUUAUGAAACAGCAGGAUUUUAUUGCAGGAUUAUAUUUUUGAUGGUUCAUAACUCAGGUGUGACUUUUCUGUAGUGGUGUUUUGGUUUUGUUGUGACAGUAGGCUGAUGAUCUUUCAAUAGCCUUAUGGGCUAUACAGUGCGUAAUGAAUUAUUAUUUAAAAAAUAUUUUGAUUAAGUCACUUAAAAAUUGUGAUACGUGUGUUCGACUUAACUUGCAGUUCAUUUAUAAAGGGAUCUGUGUGUUUCUCUUGAAAUCACAUGUGGAUGGACACAGAAAGAAGUCAUACAGAGUGCGCUCUUUUGAAAUUAUGGAACAGCUUGCCUCAAUGUUCGAGGGAAAUUGAAAAUGAUAAAAAAUCAUUUAAGAAACAUUUAAAGACCUUUUUCUUUAAAUAAAUUUAAGAAUAUCCUAGCGCUGUGAGCAUGCUAAAAUUGCGUGGAUACAAGCGCCAUAUCAAUCAAUCAGUAUCAAACUCAGUGACUUUAAGGUACACAGUAUUGGCCUCCUUUAACAUACCACAGCUGUCUUGAUCAGUUUAAAGUUAUACAGGUAGUGUAUUACUGCCCUGAUUGAACAGUGGCUACACCCCAUAUUCUAAUAUCUUUUUGAAAUUAUUGUAUAGUGACCAACUAAAUAAUUCUGUUGUUAGUAAUGGUAGAUUUGAAAAAUUUUGUUUGUUACCCACUGUUAUGAUAGUGUUGCCAUGCAGUAUUAUCGUUAGUAUUAAAAGGUACAUUUGUCUUAAAGGAAAUACUCUCAGGGAAUAUAGACUGACU